CCCCCUCCCUCCAUUUAUGUUGCCAAUUAUGCAUUUCAGAAAUAUGUUGCGUACCUGGAUGAAUUAUUGAGGAUCGUGCAAAAAAUAGUUGCUUGGAUAGGCGAUAUAAAUGGUUUGCUCGAUUUACCGCAUUUUUUGGCGCUUGUUGAUUUGUUCCGUGGUGAACGCCAACGUGCAGAAUGUGCUACAGCAGUACUCUCGGCAUUCGUUCGCACCAACGAACUUGCAUCGUCCGAGGAUUUCCAGCUUUUCCAAAAGGAGAAACGGCUUAUAUCCUACUACAUAAUCCGCAGUUUGGAUCGUUUCGAUCUGCACAGUGAUCCGGAACGAGCACUUGAUUUCUACGUGGAUGCACGUGCUUUGCUAUCGAACCUGGAUGCUGUUGUUGCUGUACGUUUUUUGAUCUAA